AUGUUCGUGAAUGCGUCACCUUCCGUGGGCAUCCCUGGUUCUACUUCGUUACCCUCUUCGGCUUCGUCUUCCGGAUACCAGUCUUUGGCACUAUCAUCACCCCAGAGCUCUCUGUCUUCACUUUAUUCAUCUCAUCGCACAAGGUUCAUGUCUUCGAAAGGAUUCGAAUUGGAGGAUGAUAUUGAAUUCUGCCCUCAAAUUGUAAACUUUGCUAAUCACUCUCCUGUUCAGACACACAGCAGCAACAUCAAAAAUAGCGUCUUUAUGUCCCCUUCAUCUCCUUCUACUCAUCAAAGGUCGCCAAGAGUCCAUACUCCACGAGUCAGAAAGGCUUUGGAUAUAGUAAAUCCUCAUACGGGAAUGAGAAUCGAAUCUUCCAAGCUUUCUCCUCAAACUGCCAAGUAA